AUGGCUCUGAGCGAUGAGACGGCACCGGCAACUCCAGAAAGGGAUAAUGAGGAGAUAGUGAUGGAAAUUGAGAAGGGUACAGCAUCAGUAUCAGCAUCAGAGGAAACUGUAAAAUGGAUAUCCGGUUGGCGACUGAUAGCCAUCGCCACAGGCCAAGCUCUAUCUCUUUUCAUGGUUCAAGCAGAGUCAUCUGUUACUAGCACAGCCAUUACAGCCAUAACAGAUAGCUUGGGCGGUUUUGAGAAAAGCCCAUGGGUCUUCACUGCUUAUCUUCUAACCUACGGUGCCUUUCCUAUUCUUUUGGCAAAGGUGUCGGACGUCCUCGGCCGCAAACAGGUGCUGCUAGGCUGUCUAAUCCUGUUUGUAAUAUUCUCAGGCGCAUGUGGUGCUGCUCAGACCUUGAUACAGCUUAUUAUGUUCCGCUGGAUCCAAGGCAUCGGCUCCGGCGGAAUUGUUGCAAUCUGUAUAGGAUAUGGCUUCGAAUUGAGGCCGCCCGAAAAAUGGCCGAGCUACUCAGCCUUCCUCACGUUGACAGCGGCAAUAUCGGUCGCAAUAUCUCCUCUUAUCGGGUCAGCUUUCACCCAGGCAGGAGCAUGGCGGUGGUGCUUUCUCAUGAAUGUUCCAAUCGGGGUAACCACAAUAGCACUCUUAUACUUUGCCAUGCCAGACAAACUUCGACUCGAGCCAGCAGCUCGAUUAACAGGUGCUGGUGUCCAUCUUCAGCGAAUCUCCCGCCUACGUCGACUUGAUUUCCCAGGAGCUUUCAUGCUUGUGGGUGCGUCGGCACUUCUUACGACUGCACUACAGCAGGCCUCUUCGGGGAAUUCCUUCGACUCCCCUAAGGUAUUGGUUUUAUUAAUAUUGGCCCCUCUGUUCCUGGCAGGAUUUCUAGUAUGGCAGUGGCAUGUUUCGACAGGUAAAUGGAAUCUAGAGCCAGUCUUCUCUUGGGGUCUUAUUACAAAUAGAGUCUUUAUGGCUGCGGUCGGCAAUGCAUGGCUUUCUGGUAUGGUCAUGACAUCCACGAUCGUACAAAUACCGCAACGAUUCAUGCUCGUGAACAGCCUUUCCGCUAUCGACGGCGGCGUCCGGCUUCUCCCUUUCACAGCUAUCAUGACUUCCACAGCCGUAGUUGUUACCGUUAUCAUGACCAAGACGGGGGUCUCUGUAGCAUACUCACUUAUCUUUGGUGCCUUGCUUCAGAUUGCGGGUGUUGCUGGGCUCUCUCAGGCAUCAACCCAGGCUGGCAUCGAAGCGUCACAGUAUGGCUUUCAAAUCCUUGCUGGGGCGGGUGUUGGUAUUUUCAAUAUCAUCCUUCUUUUGCUGACGCCCCAUGUGGUGGCAAAACACGAUCUUGCUGUUGGUAACGGGGCUAUCAAUCAAUUUAGGAUUCUGGGUGGCUCCCAUGGUCUGGCAAUCGUGACAUGCGCAACCAGUUCAGCGCUGCGGUCACACCUGUUAGAAUUUUUAAGCCCUGAGCAAACGAAGCUGAUUCUAGACCGUACUGAUCAAAUUUCCACUCUUCCACCUGAAGCACAAGCAUUAGUGCGACAAAAGCUUGGGUCCAUGUACAACACCCAAAUGGCGAUUUUGAUUGGUAUUGCAGCAGCACAAGUCUUUGCGACAAUUCUGCAAUGGCGAAGAAAACCGAUUAUUCUAAAGAAAUAA